UUUUGGGUGUGACAUUUUCGGAAUGUUAUCUUGAUAGUUUAUCAAUUUUAUAAUUUACCCGGUAGUUCGUGAUAAAGAUUUUCCAUCUUGAUAUGGCAGGAGACAGCCAUAAGAAAACGUUUUUAAUUUUAACAGUGUUUAUAAGUAUAAUUGCUGUUGGGCUGACCGUAGCAGCAUUUUCAACAGAUAAUUGGGUGACAUUUACAGGCAGUAAAUCCAAUAAUACAGGAUGUGAUAAAAAUAUUUCGGAUGAUGCUUGUACAACUUAUGGAAGUUUUGGUCUGUUUAGAGGUGAUAAUGGAAUAAAUUAUUAUUUUGGAAUGAGACCCAGAAUAAGUCAAGUUAUUUGUGCUGAUGGUUGGUGUACAUACUAUACAGUAAGGACAGAAGAAACACUUGAUACAGAUGCAGGGAAGGACUAUAUUAAGAAUAUUUCCAGCAUAUAUACUGAAACAAAAGAUAGGGGAGAAGAUGUACAUGAAUGGGAAUAUGGACUGUUUGGUUUUGGUUAUUGGGUUAGCAUUCUGGUGAUGCUAUCUUUAGGAAUAGUAUGGGGACUGGUUACCAUUAGUUUUACAGUUUUCAACAUCUUUGGUAAACCUAUAGAGACAAUAACAGGACCCCUAGGAUUGUAUCUGUGGAACUUAUUAGGUUUGAUAUUCAUGUUAAUUGGAGUAAUCUUGUUUGCUGUGCUGUUCCAAACCAACUUUGCAGAAAAUGUAUUACCGCAGAACGACUACAAAUACCAUACAUUCCGGACCGAAUCGUCUUUGGACUAUUCAUUUUACUUCACUGUGGGAUCGUUAGUAGGUUUCUUAUUGAACUUAGUCCUACUUAUGUUUUCUGGAUACAGCGUGAGGUGUGCCUGCACACAGGAGGCUAACAAGGCUAUAGACAAUGGCAUUAUAUUGUACUAAUGUUAGUUUGAACUGCUUAGAUAAUGCCUUGUUACAGAAAAGCAUGCUUGAAAAGUCACUGUCAUGCAGGAAACAUUGUUUAAAAAUAACUAAAUUCCAUAAAUUGAAUAUUUUUUUUAUAUUCCUGUUCUGAAAUAGUGUGAGUAUACUGCUUUUUAUCUGUCUGUCUUUCGCAGACAUUUCUAAUUAGCUUCCUGUUUACCAAAUACUUAUAUUCAUGUAUUUUUACACAUGGUCAUGUAUGAAGUUUUUUGUCUCAUAUCUCAUGAUAUAUAAAUCAGAACUUCCAGAAAUUUGGUAUCAAGUUAUACCCUUAUAAGUGUCUUUACAUGCAUUCCUCUUUAAAUUUCAUUUUACUGAACACUAACACAUUCUUACAAAUUGAAUUUUUUAUACCCCCACUCCACAGGAAUGGGGAUAUACUGCCUUGCCUUUAUGUCUGUCUGUCUGUCCUUCGGACCAAUCCAUUGUUCAUCAACUUCAUGUUUACCAAAUAAUUAUCUUUUCUUACACAUAAUGGCAUGUAUGAAAUUUUUGUUGCAUUUUUUUCAGCAACUACAAAUGAGUUUCUUACAUGUAUUAUUACCGCAGGUAUAAAGCUUCAUCUGAACAUGCUAUACAUUGAGUUUUCAUCAAUCCAUCAAUCAUCAACUUGUUUUAUACCAAAUACUUGUAGCAGUGGUAUCAUCAGGGAACAAUAUCUCCAAAGUCCACUUUUUGGGGGAUAUUAACAAGAAUUGGGAAAAUAAAACCCAGAUGUACAGAAAGGGUAUGACAGUGUCUUUUCAAGUGUAAAUAUGAUUAAUACCAUAAUCAGUUCUGCCUUCAUUCAAUGCAAGAAAAUUUUGGCUGCUGUUUUGUAACGAAAUGAAUUAUGCAUAGAGUUACAUUUUGUACGAAUUCAGGACUAUGAAAUCUUAUAUGUUCAAAUAAUAGAAUACUGUGAUGUCAACUUUGGUAACAAAAUAAACUGAAUUUUUUAACCUGUGCUGAUAUUGCUAUAAACAUUUAAUGUUGGAUUUUCUUCAAAGAUUACAUUUUGAGGUAAAAGGGGGGUACAUAGUAUUUUUGGUGAUAACAUUUUGAGGUAAUAGGGGGCAUAUAGUAAUUUGGUGUUCAGUGUUGAUACAAUGUAUAUUUAAAACCCAAACAAUUUUAACAAAAAAACGCAGAGUAAGAGAACAGAUAUAAUGUUUCUGGCUACAAAAUAUAUUUGUUUUCACAAAAUGUCAUAAGACUCGAUUAUACAAAUAAGUACAAUCACUUUUGUGAAAUGAAGGCUUGCAUUUGUGCCUUUUUGUAAAGUUUGUACAAAAGUAGAUUUAUAAAAAUGAAUGUUAUUCUGUAUAUGAAAAAUUGUAUGUUAAGUUAUUUUAUUUGCUUGAGAAAACUUCCAAUUUUGCAAUUUUUAUUGAGAGGAAUGAAAUAAUAAAGUAAAGAAGACAUUUUAAAUGUAUGUUAUAUAAAAUGUCUGUCCUUAGUUUAUCUAGUGAAGGCUUUGUUUGUAAAGAAUAUAUGUGUUCUUACAUCUAGAUCUGUAUCAUCUAUGAUAAAACUUUCUAAUGAAAAUAUAUAAGUGGAAUUGGAUAACUAUUUGUUGCAAAUUUAAUAACAGUGAAAAGCUAAAUUGUAUUAGAAUCAUUAUAUUCCAUGACACCAAAGAAAAAUUUUAUGCUCUGGAUUAUUUCCUACGCAACUGUGGAACUUGUUCUGCUGAUUCAAAAUGAAUCACAUACAUGACUUAGAUAAAACUUAGUCAAGGCAUACAUAUAAGAAUUGAUAUAUUUUAAUAUUUGUAAAUAUAGUUUAUAAAGUUAUAUGGGUUGCUAUUGACCCUCUUUAGAUCUGUAUGGGAUCAGUAGUAAACCGUAUUACAAAUUUAAUGAACAGGGGUCUUUCCCCUCAAGUUUUGUUUAAAAUAAACAAUGAAAUACCAUUACAGUAAAAGAUGACGUCACCAUUGAGGAUGUGAUGUCAUGAACCCCAUAUGAAAUCUAUUGACCCAUAUGGAUCCAUAGACAGUCAACACACGGUGGUAUUAAACCAAUUAACGUCACUAAUUUACCCGCGGUGCGAUAAGUUUUCUUAAUGACUAUGUACUAUGCAGUUUGUGACAGUCUUGCAAGUUUUCAGUUAAAAUAUAGUUGUUACUUUAUUUACAUUUUAAGUAUCCCAUUAAUCAGCAUUAUACUUUAUUAUUUGUUUGGAUGUUGUUGAUUAGUUUGUUAUGUAAGUGUUAUAAAACAUUUUAUAGUUGUUACUGUUGUAAGAGUAUAAAUUCCCACCUUUUUAUUUUUAAAAUCAAAAACUGUUUAUUCUAUUUUUUCCUGUAAUCUUUGUAUCAUGUUUUUCUAGCAAAAUUGAUGAAAACUAAGAACUUAUUUAUAUAACCUUUGUAUAUGUUAUACAAAUUUAAGUACACUGUUUCACAUUCUUACAAAUGCAAAAAAUUAUGGAUUUAAUUUACAAAUUAAAGAAUUUAUGAUUUGAUCAGGGGAGAUAAUAUUUUGCACUAAAGUGUACAAUCCAAGGGGAGAUAAUUGAAGUGAAUGUAACUUCAAAACAGCAAAUUUUAACAUUUUUUGGUAAAUGUAAAGAAGCAUAAAGGUUACCCAGAUUUUAUUUUUCAAAAAAACGAUAUCCUUAGGAUUCCAUACUUGUUAAAAGCAUUUGACUAAUACUUUCUAAAUUAGAUUUUGAAUGUUAAAUGAAAUUCAUUGGUAAACUUGUGAAUUUAUCUAUCUCCCAAGACUUUUCUAUAUAUUUUUUGUAAAACAAGUAAUAUUUUUUCUGCGUAACAUCACCAUUUAGCUAAGUUUUAGCCAUU